AAGAAUACUAUGCUGCUGUAAGACCAGUACGAGGUUGAACCAACUGAGUGUGUUAAGGAAGAUCGAGUCCUCUCACACAAUGCGCAGAGAUUCAAAGGGUUUCUCGUUUUUCAUACUGUCAAGAUUAAUUUGACAUAGGUACUGAGUGAGGUUGGAAAAUCUUGAUUCUGAAGUCAAAAUCGAUUCUGGUUAGCUUUUGAAUGUUAGAAUUGAUUCUGAUAAUUGGACCUUUUUCCAAACAUGCUAUAAGGGACCAGUUUCAUUGAGCUUUAGAGUAUCUGGCAGCAAAAACAAGACUAAGAUGUUCUCUUUUGGUAGAAAUUGCUCAAAAUAUCGUAGCUACUUCAGGAGGAAUGGUUCAAGUGAAAAUGUAUGGCAGAAAUUUCCUGAGCCAUCUGAGCUCAACAAUGUCAUUGGGGAAAAUUCCCACGAGAUGCGUUUCGUUCGUGAUGCCCAGAAAGUUAAUCACUUUUUGUUCCAAAUCACUGCUAGUUAUGUUCAGUUACCUGUCCUAUUUGCACCCAUUUGCUUUAAUUCUUAUUAUUCGACCAAGGCUCCUUCAAGGUCUUACAGAAAAAGAGCUCGUAAGCGGUUUCUAAAAUCCUGCAAGCCUACUCUAGAUGAAGCUCAAUUUCAGUUAGCACAGUCCCAGCUUCUCCCGAGGUUUACUCCUGAAGAACUAAGCAAGGUGAUUGCUCUUCAAAGCGACCCUUUAGUUUGCUUAGAAUUGUUUCACUGGGCGUCUCAGCAGCCUAGGUUUCGGCACGAUGUGUCCACAUUUCAAGUCACCAUAAAGAAGCUUGGUGCUGCGAAAAUGUACCAGGAAAUGGAUGACGUCGUGAACCAGUUGCUUGCUGUUCCUUUUCUUGGUUCAGAGGCAUUGUUCAACAUGAUUAUAUAUUAUUUUACCGAGGCCCGGAAGUUGACUAGAGCCGUCCACAUAUUUAAGCACAUGAAGAGUAGAAGAAAUCUGAAUUGCAAUUUCAGGCCUUCCAUUAGAACCUAUAAUAUUCUUUUUGCUGCACUUUUGGGUAGAGGAAACAACUCCUAUAUAAACCAUGUGUAUAUGGAAACCAUUAGAUGUCUUUUCAGGCAAAUGGUUCAUGAUGGGAUAGAGCCUGAUAUUUUCUCGUUAAAUGCUAUGGUAAAAGGUUACGUGCUUUCUCUUCAUGUUAAUGAAGCAUUGAGGAUAUUUCAUCAGAUGGGCACGGUUUAUGAGUGCCAUCCCAACUCUUUAACCUAUGAUUACUUGAUUCAUGGAUUGUGUGCCCAAGGAAGAACAGAGAACGCCAAAGAGCUGUGUCAUGAAAUGAAGACCAAAGGUUUCAUCCCAAGUAGUAAAUCUUAUAAUUCACUUGUCAAUUCUUUGGCACUUGGUGGAGAAGUUGAGGUGGCAGUAAAUUAUCUGUGGGAGAUGACUGAAAACCAGAGGUCAGCUGAUUUUAUUACAUAUCGGACUUUACUGGAUGAGAUAUGUAGACGAGGAAAAGUUCAGGAAGCGAUGAGGUUUUUGCAGGAGUUGCAAGAAAAGGACCUUGUAGAUGGUCAUACUUACAGGAAGCUUCUUUAUAUGCUUGAAGAUGAAUGGGAACUCAAUGAACAGAAUUGAUUCAGGUCCGGCGUUAACCUCACCUGGGAACUCUUGGUAUACUCCUGGAUCUUUACGGCAUGAAUACCCUAUGAACUGCAGAAUUUUUAGAACUUACAGUCCAAAGAAAGCAUGCCAACCGUAAUCCUGGGUGUAUGAGAAAAUGAGAUACCUACUCCUGUAACAAUUGACUCAAGAUUUUAGAGUGAAUUGAAGCUCUUGUUUCCAAUAGUUGGAGAGACUCUUUGAAAUCAGACUCUAUGAUCCAUUAAUCUACCCUAGUCCAGCUAGGAUUUUCAGAUCAAGGUCAGAGCUGACCUAAUUGCACAGAGCUUUGCCUCAUCUAAGAGAACCAGAAAUGCCAUAUUUUCCAGGACUGAAGUACACAUGAUGGUUCCGAGCAUGCCACCAAAGAGAGCCAGGCCUGGGUUGCCGAAAGCACUGCUAUCAACAUUCAGCAGUUACCUUGAUGUUCCACCGAAAUGUCAGAAAACGAACUAGUCAAAUGUUCUUCUGUGAUACGAGUAUGGUUGUAAGUUUAAAGUGGCCUGUAAGUUCUUGUUGGUUCUAUGCAAACUCUUCAAUUUUUGAUACAGCAGUUGAAUUCAUUUGAUAAUAACUAAUAAGUAUAAUGUAGCAAUGUAAACAAUCUUGAUCAUUUUUGUUAACAUACAUGAACUGCAAGAUAGAAAGUUUUAUAUUCGCAAUAUAUUAAAACUAAAUUCUUUUUAUUGUAAUGCAAUAUUUUCAAAAGCUUGUUUUGAUUAUAUUGGGUAAUUUUUUUGUACUCUCUAAUAAGACCAAUUCUCUGAUUUGAUCUGUUAAUUUUUUCUUCAUUUAUUUAAUGUUCAAGAUUUUUGAUAUAAUCCCUAUAAUCAGAAUAGGUCUAAAGUGAGCUUAUUUAUUCCUCUUUUCGCCGUAUCAUGUAUACUAAGCUACCCCUUUCCAUGCAUUCCCUUGUAAGGCCUCUCCCCUCCCUUCAAACUCAUUUCUCUCGACAUUCUCUGCAUCCUAAAUUAUAGUUCUCAGGUGAUUUUGCAUUUCCUUUUUCUUCAAUCGCCACAAAAAAUUUGCAUUUUCCCUCCUUCUUUUCUGCCUUUGAAUGUCUAUCUUUGAUAUGCAUCUGCGCUCUCUCUGUUUUAUUAGGUUUUAUUGAUAUGAAUGCUUCAGAAUGAAUUUAGAAUAUCACUAUUAAAUAUUCAUUGACAUCAAUUUAUGAUUUGUAAAAACAAUUCUGGCCUUUCAAGAUUCAGAUGGCGUCAACAGUCAACCAUCUGAAUGCCUCCUUUGUUGAAGAGGGUGGUGUUGUGAGUUGUGACUAGAUGUGUGUGUACAUUUAAAUUCUAUAAUAUUAGUGUUCUUGUUCUCUGUGUGUGUCUAUGGUAUCAUUGAUAAAGAGAAGGUCCGUAUUGACGUUGUUGUCAUUGUUUAUGUCGAUUCUGGUUUAAAACUCUUGGUGAUACUGGUGCCCUCAAGGCUGCUUUUGGCCUCCAGGCCAAACACUCGAGGAAGAUCAUACUGCGGGAUUUAAGUUGAAGAAUGUUGAUUUAAAAGAUGAUCCUGCCAAGGCAAUUGCCAGCUUCUCAUCUCAGGUUAUUAUUGCCAUGAACCACCCGGUCAGAUUGGUAAUGCUUCCCAUUCUUGACUGCCACACACUUCAUGGCGCAUUGCUGUCAAAUUUGCUGAACUCAUGACCAAGAUUUAUAGGAGAAGGAGCUUGACAAAGAGCCAAAGUUCUUGAAGAAUGGAGAUGCAUGAAGAUGAUUCCCUCCAAGUCCGUGGUUGAGGAUACUUUCCUUACAUAGAGAUGAAAAUUGUAGACUACAAUAUUUAGAUAAACAUAACUCACGUGCUAUUUUUAAAAAUUGAGGGUGUGUAUAGUUUAGUUAAGUACUUAUAUCAAUAAAUAUUUAUUACAUUAGUGUUUGUAUAAACUUAUUUGAGAAAAGCUCAAAAGAGCUUAUGGCCCUGUUUGAAAGAAGUAUUUUAACUUAUCUUGAAGCAUAAACGUUUAUGCAAGUGUUUGGAAGAGCAUAUGUAAAUAGU